CGAUGAUUGGUUACUUUUCUUCCUGUUCCAUCUCUCGUCCAUACAUUAGAGCUCUACCAGAGAACGUUACUGAACCAGAGAAGAAGAAGAACAGAGGAUGCCCAGGCCACAAUUUGCCACUCUGAUACUUUUUUCCUUCUGUCUUAUCAGUUUGUCUUCAUGGACCUUACAUGCUCAGACCCUUCCACCUGCAAGGUACGAUGGGUUCAUUUACCAGGACCGCCCAGGUGAUACCGACUCCAUCCUGAUUGAGGCCUUCUAUGAUCCUGUCUGCCCCGAUAGCAGAGACUCAUGGCCUCCUCUCAAACAAGCCCUUCAUUACUAUGGUUCUCGCACUUCGCUCGUUGUUCACCUCCUUCCAUUGCCAUACCAUGACAAUGCUUUUGUCGCUUCUCGUGCUUUGCAUAUUGCAAAUCUGCUGAACACUUCUUCUACGUUCCCCUUGUUAGAGCAGUUCUAUGAACAUCAGGAGAGGUUCUAUAAUGCUGAAACACACAACUUAUCAAGAGCUUCUGUCGUAAAAGAAAUAGUGAAACUUGCCACAGAAGCAGUUGGGAACUCUUAUUAUUCUGCAAUUGAAUCUGGUUUUAAUGACAGAAAAACUGAUCUUGAAACAAGGGUUUCCUUCAAGUAUAGUACUUCAAGAGGAGUAUUUGACACUCCUACUUUUUAUGUCAAUGGAUUUGCAUUGCCUGAAGCUGGCUCAGCCAUAGAUUACAAUGGCUGGAGAAGUAUCAUCGACCCGCUGAUUAAAGCAAAGUAGGGCAAAAGUGGGGAGACUUUGCAUUUCUUACUGUGAAUAACUUAUUGCAAUGUAUAUCAUCAGAAGAAAAAAGCAUUGUACUAUUGGUGUUGAAAUUGUGGUAAUGCAAUAAAACAUUUUCAGUGUUUGAAACA